AUGGGUUGCACGGCUGCCAUUGUCUUCACAUGCUUUGGAGCUGCUUAUGGAACUGCCAAAUCAGGUGUUGGUAUCUCAGCUAUGGGUGUUUUGAGACCCGAUCUUAUCGUCAAGAAUAUUGUGCCCGUCAUUAUGGCUGGUAUCAUUGGUAUCUAUGGAUUGGUCGUUAGUGUUCUUAUAUCGGACGGAUUGAAACAGAAACAACCACUCUUCACUAGCUUCAUUCAACUUGGCGCUGGAUUGUCCGUUGGCCUGUCUGGGUUGGCUGCUGGAUUUGCAAUUGGUAUCGUUGGUGACGCUGGGGUAAGAGGGACCGCUCAGCAACCGAGGUUGUUCGUCGGAAUGAUCUUGAUUCUCAUUUUCGCCGAAGUCCUGGGUCUCUAUGGUCUCAUUGUCGCCCUGUUGAUGAACGCUAAGGCCGGUUCUGAUAUUGGAUGCGAAUAG